CCUGUCCUCUCCCUCUCCCUCUCUCUGUGUCUGUGCUGCCGGCUCCGCUCCCCGCGGUCACUCUGCUGCUGCCGCCGCCCAUGGACACCCCGGUGCCGGCGUCGGACUGCGCCGUGUGCCGCUCCCCCGGUCUGGCCGCCAGUGCCCGGCGUCUACCCUGUGGUCACCGCCUGUGCUCCGACUGUGCCCGAUACUCGGAUACAGCGCUGGGUGGAAGCCUGGACUGUCCCACCUGUAGUGGCCCCGUCACUGCCCCGCUCCCCGCACUAGAUGUAGCAACAGUAGCAACAGGUGGACGGGCCGAGCGGCUGUGUCCCCAACAUGGGCAACCCCUACAACUCUUCUGUCAGCAGGACGGACAGUGUGUGUGUACAUCGUGUAUGGACAGUGGAACUCACCGGGAACACACCGUCACAUCGCUGGAUACUGCCCGGGACUCGCUCAAGGAGAAACUGAAGAAGGAAGUUGAGAACCUGCGUAUAAUCCAGCAGGAUUGCCACUUCAAGCACCAGGACAUGGCAAUCUCAGAGUCGGACAUAAAGACACAGAUCGACCAGCUGAAGAGAAACCUGACGAAGAAGUUCACGGAGUGGAGGAAGUGUCUGGAGGAGGAUGAGGAGUGUGCACUGAAGGUGAUCGACACUGAGGGGGAGAAAAGUGUGUUAAUUGAGGGGGAGAAGGUGUUGGUGCCGAGCAGGAGGAGCGGCGAGGAGGAGUUGAUACAUAGGAUGAACCAGAUCAAGCUGAUUGAUGACGAGACACGAAGCCUGGUGCAGAAAGGCCCUCUGCAGUUUAUCCAGGAAUCCAGCCAGCUCCUCCAGAAAGUUGCGGAGGAGGAGAAGGUGCCGACUCCCGAAGUCCCGAAGCUGGUCCUCAACCUGUGCAGUGCCCCGGAGGCCAUCAAGAAACGCCUGAGAAGCUCCUUCAUGUACCAGUCGGCCAUCUUGGGAACCACCACCCAGUGGUCUUCGCUGACGUUGGACCCCGACUCUGCGUACUGGCUGCUGAACGUGUCGGAGGAUGAGAAGACUGUGAUGUUUGGCUACAUGGGGGAGAACUCGUGGCACAACUCCAAGAUGUUUGAGAACAUGCACCAGGUGCUGUGUGCGCAGAGCUUCACGGCGGGCUGCCACUCGUGGGACGUGCGGACGGGAGGCGUGGCGUGGGGGGCCGGCGUGGCUUAUGGCAGCAUUGAGCGCGGCGGCCUGGGCUCCUACUUCACCAGCAGCCCCAAGUCGUGGUGCCUGUAUUUCUACCGCGGGACGCUGACCGCCUGCCACUGCGACCAGCACGCCUACCUGCUGGACUUCCCCGCCACCAGCAGGGUGCGCCUGCAGCUCGACUACGAGGGCGGCACUCUGGCCUUCUACCAGGUUGGAGAACAACACCGCCACCUCCACACCUUCCACACCGCAUUCACCGAGCCCGUCUACCCCGCCUUCUCCUGCUCUGGAAACUCCUCCCUCAAACUCUGCUGAAACAACCCGCCCCACAAGGGUCAGCUCUCUGUCCCGCAAUGCCCGGGGAGGGGAGGGUGUGUCUGUCACCAGGUCCCUCACCGCUCAGUAAGUGAAUUAACCCAGCCCACUCUCCACGGCCUUUAGUUCAGUUUAUCUCGCUUCAUUUAUAGCUCACACCUUAAACAGAUUAAACUAACCCACUAAAGAUUACUGACCCAAAACGCCACCAAAGCGCCAGCUAUUACACAUGUUACACAAAUCUCCACAGAUGUUGUCCUACACGCUGUUACUCCAGUACGCUGCAUCAUUUUCUAUAAAAGUAAACCACUUCCAGUUUCUAUACAAAACACCCAUCACAUGCCUCUCUAGUGGCCCAUUCAUCACCACAAAUCUUUCUCAGCACUGAAAACCACCCAGCCAAAUUCCACAUUCCACCUCCACACAAUUAGUGCUCAGUCAUAAAGCUGUGCAGAUGGGAAACAGGCCCUUCGGCCCACUGUGUCCAUGCUGACCCAUUCCAACUCAUCCUCGAGGGAGCUGUAGGCUUUGAGCAUCUGACUUGUUCUUUCUAAAAA